AGUGAAACAAGGUGUCCCUACCACAAACUAUUAAGACCAAUACUCUAAAAACAACCAUUUCACCUUGCUCGAGCAGAAAAAGCAACCGACGUGGUUCUGUAACUUUUUGACUUUAUCAUUUCCAGAUUCAGUCUCCUGUACGAUAUUUGUUUUUGUUUUUUCAAAGUACAUUUGAAUCCUUUCUUAGAAAACAAACACUCUUAUCUCAUGGCACGCCAGACUCUUCUGAGCACACCGCUACAUGGUGUCUUUAUUCCUGCAUUUUUAAUCGUCUUUGGUGCGUAUAUUAUUAAACGUGAAUGGGUUGGAUACGCAUUCAUUCUUGCUGUCUCACUUGGUUUCCUCAAAUUCUGGCGUGGAAGAACACGUAAGGUUCUGUCCAAUGAAUACCGGUCAUUCGAACUGAGCGACAAGGCCGUUCUGAACCACAACACGGCCAUUUACCGAUUCCGACUUCCCCGUCCAAACGACGUUCUUGGACUGCCUGUUGGACAACACAUCACAAUCGCAGUCGAUGUUGACGGCCGUGAGUACUCCCGUGCAUACACUCCUCUCACUUCCGAUUCUGAAAGAGGUUAUUUCGACCUGCUUGUUAAAUCGUAUCCCAACGGCAAAGUCAGCAAGAGGUUCGCGGAGUUGAAGAUCGGCGAUACUAUUCGCGUCCGUGGUCCGAAGGGUCAAAUGAGCUACAAAUGUGGCAUGGUGAAACACUUUGGAAUGAUUGCUGGCGGCACGGGUAUUACUCCCAUGCUUCAGAUCAUUCGUGCCGUUCUCUCAAACCCUGAUGACAAGACCGAGCUUACAUUGCUGUAUGCUAAUGUGUGUGAGGAUGAUAUCCUGCUUCGCGAGGAAAUCGAGAGACUCUGCAAGAGGGAUUCUCGUCUCAAGGUCCAUCACAUUCUCAACGACCCACCUAAGGACUGGGAGGGCUCUGUCGGAUUUGUGACCAAGGAAUUGAUCAAGCAUCACUUUCCCGAACCCUCCCCCGACACAAAGGUGCUCAUUUGUGGUCCCAAACCUAUGGUCGACGCCAUGCGCGAAGCCACGCUUGCAUUGGGUUAUGAAAAGUCUCGCGCCAUUUCUAAGAUGGCCGACCAGGUUUUUGUCUUCUAAGUAGAAAUACACUGCGGAGGUGUGACAUUCUGGACACGUGCCGCUUCUCAGUAAAAAUUCGUAGGGAACACACAGUUUGUCGUUCAUUUGUCACUAGGGAUAUAGUACGGAAAGCAGGUUGAAUCCUUGCCACACAUGGAAUGAGGAGUAACACAUUAGCAACGUAACGGUCAGGGUCGACAUCAUAUGUGUUCUACGAAAAUUCGUGUUCCUGUGACACCUCCAUUUGUUCGCGGGGAAGAGCGAGACUUUUGAUAUGUGAGAGGAAGAGAGAAAGAAAAAAAAAUAGUAUCUGUAUGUUCGUGCAUGUGAAUAAGAGAGCGUAAGCAAUUGAGUAUAUGUAGUGGAAUAUAGUCAACGACGUGUGUGG